UGCCCACAAGCCAUGGGGCCGGAGCGGAGGUUGUGAGGCCCUUGGCGGGAGCCCCCAGAGCCAUGACUGCACCCGUGCAGACACUGCGUUUCCAGCUGCUGCCGCACGACACGGGCCAGGAGUGGGCACACGACUGCCAGCAGGAGAUCGAGCGGCGCUACCAAGUGGUGCCCUCCGUGGUGUGCGCCAUGUGCUGCCUCUUCGGGAUCAUCUACUGCUUCUUCGGCUACCGCUGCUUCAAGGCCGUCAUGUUCCUGACGGGGCUGAUGUUCGGCUCCAUCAUCAUCUUCAUGCUGUGCUACAAGGAGCGGGUGCUAGACACGCAGCUGAGCGUGGAGGCCUCGGUGGGCAUCGGGCUGGGCAUCGGGGUGCUGUGCGGGCUGGUCACCAUGCUGGUGCGCAGCGUCGGCCUCUUCAUGGUGGGGCUGCUGCUGGGGCUCUUGCUGGCCGUGGCCACGCUGGUGGUGAUGGAGCAGUUCUACCACCCGCCCACGGUGUGGAUCCCCAUCGCGCUGCUGCUGGGCGUGGGGAUGCUCUUCGCCGUGCUCACCCUGCAGUGGCAGCGCUUCUUCACCACGCUCUCCACCGCCGUCUUCGGCAGCGCCAUCAUGACCGUCACCGUCGACUACUUCAUCGAGCUCUUCCUGCUGGUGCAGUACAUCUACGAGCGCAUCAAGGUGGCCCCCGCUCGCCCCGUGUGCUGGUACAGCUGGGUCAUCCUGGGCGUCUGGCCGCUGCUCACCACGCUGGGCGUCCUGGUGCAGUGGAAGGUCACAGCUGAAGGCUACUCCCACACGGAAGUGAUCAUCAGCCGGCAGCAGCGGCGCGUGCAGCUCAUGCGCAUCAAGCAGCGGGAGGACCGCAAGGAGAAGAAGAAGAAGCGGAGACCCCACCACCCGCCGCCGCACCAGCACAAGGCGCACCCGCCCGAGCCCGCCUACCGCCGCAAGCCCAACCCCGUGCGCCGCUUCGAUGGGGACGUGCUCUCCCCCAGCUACAUCCAGAGUUUCCGCGAGCGGCAGACGGGGCCGUCCCUGAACAGCCUCAUCGCCAGCUCCCACGCCGUGGUGGACCUGGACUAUGACUGCAGCUCCACUGUGCCCCUCACCACGGGCUCUGGCCCCGCCGUGCGGGUAUAACCCAAGCCAGUGACCUCGAGCGACACCAGCACCCCAGCCCGCUCCGACGGAGCCCCGCGGACACGGGGGGGCUGUUUCCUCGGCCUCGGACGGCCACGUGCAGCUAAGGGCUGCGGGGGCUGUGGAUGGAGGCCCUAGCUGGGGGAUCACGAGACUCGGCCAGGCAAACCCAGGACUCCAGUGGAGCCAGAGGUGCUGGGGCAACACCCUGGCAAGGAGGCAGCCCAAGGACUGGGGACACACGGACUCAUGGAGCGUGGCGUGAGCAGCUCUGCUGGGUGGGGGUCCACAGGCGCCCCGGGACUCCCUGAGCCCCACCUGCUUCCCCACAGCCCGGGCAUGUCUAUCCCGCCC